GCCGUCGAGAACGAACGUGCCGCAGCGUCCCCUGCCCCCUCGAUCGUCUCGAUCCCGAGUACAGAGUCGACGUGUGCCGUUGUGCUCCGUGGAUGUUUUGUGGUUCUCAUGUGCUCACGGGACAUCGUCGUCCCGUCUAUUCGACCGUGUUCGGUAUCACAAAUACGAUCGCGAUACAUGGUGCUCGAGUGGUGAAGCUACGGACAGCUGACUGUCCAACCAGCCCGGCUACCGGCUUUUCGGGAAUUAUUGCGAACUCGGGAUGGACAAUCGCGGAUAUCCCGGCUUCAAGGACCCUUAAUUUCGGAUGUAAUUCCAAGUGCGAUCAGUGGCCCGCGAAUCGAAGGACAGUGCGCUGAACGGUAUUGCAAGCGGUGUACGAUAUGUGUCGCAGUUCAAGGGAAGUGUUCAGUCGUAACGAAAGGCCGGGGAUGUUGAAUUCGACGAGGUGAUUCCUCUGGCUGGGAAUGUCAUCCUGAAGGAAGCGAGGAAUCACAGAGACGAAAGAUGUGUUGCUCGGGUGGCCCUGGUGGCAUCAGAUUGACCAGGUGCGGUGUCGUUUGCGGGAUCGCGGCGCUGGCUGCCCUAAGCACGGCCCUUUUAGGCCCUGCAUGGCUCCACACCGAGGAGAAGUUGAAUCUUCCUUAUCUACCGCGUAGUUAUGCGAACGCCGUGAGUGUGCGGUUCAAGUUGGGCCUCUUCAGGGUCUGCCCGAAGAUCGUCAAGCCAGCGAAUUUUACAGCUCUUAUUUCUACGCCAGCCUGCACCUACGUGAGGUACAGCAGCUUAGAGGAUGUCAGGCCAUCGGAGUUAGGAUUCCCUCAGCUAGACUUCACCUCCACGGUGGUAUCGAAAAUAAGAAUUUCCGCGCCGUUUCAAGUAGCUGCAGCCGCGCUGGUCCUUGCCGCCACAAUCUCCGCUUUAAUUGGACAUUGUUAUUCGGACCAUAGAACACUCGUUGCUUGUGGAUUAUUCCUCCUCAGCGGUCUCUCGUUAGGCGGCGGACUGAUAGUCCUAGCGUCCGCGUUAUCGGACGCCUCGCUGGAAUUGCCCGGAAAGUAUAGUUUGCCUUCCACGUCCAGCAUGCAGACGGACGACAAUGGUCUGCCGCAGUACCACUACGGAUGGUGCCUGCAAUUGUCAGGAUUGGCUUUGAUCCUGGCCGAGGUGGCCGCUGUCUUGACGAUGUCCGGAUACAUGGCUCGAUUCUCCACCGUCGAAGAAAUGGUGAGAGUGAUGGUGCCAGGGGCAGAAAGGAAGCUGAGGGAGCAACGAGGCUUAAGUUCGGAGUACCUGGUGCGAGCUCACCAAAAGUCACCCGGCCCUCCGCAGACCAGAGGCUUCGGGCAGCCCACAAAAACUCCGCAAAGGGUGGUCGAAGAGGGCACAUCGCUGCUGUGUAAGUCCGCGCCGGACAUCUGCGCGUCGAACCCGCAGGCGAUCAGCUACGUCGACAAGGCGGACCUGUCGCACGUGUUACCGGCGUACCCAGACGCGAAGAACGCGGAUCCUGGUUACACGUUCACCGGCAAGUCGGAGGCAAGCGUGAUCGAUUCACGGCUGAGCGGUUUCGCUGACAAGGAGGGUUUGAUCGACUCGAGGAUCCUGUCGGACUCCCGGCAGAACAUGAUCGCCUUCACGGAGAGCAAGGAGCACACGGUGGGCCAGGAGCCGCGGUACACGGAGUUCGCGCCCAGGGCCACGGAGCAGACCGUGGUGGACUCGCGGCUGACCUUCACGGAGAAGGAGGGUCUCCUGGACUCGAGACUGUCGGGAUACGGCGAGAAGGGCGAGUCGCUGCUGGACACGCCGUUCGGUUACGACACGCGGUACAACACGUUGGCCGGCCAGACGGUGCCGAUCACCCUGAAGAACCAGAACACGUCGGUCUCGGCGAUCCAGUCGCAGUACAUCUACCAGAACUUCGGGACGAUACACUCCGGGAUCCUCAGGGUAUCGGAGCCGGGGACCAGCUCGAGCUCGAACUCCAGCCAGAGGAGCAUGACGCUGCAGAACCCGAAGCGGAAGUCGCAGAUCGCCCAGAACACCUUCAGCACGAUGGAAUGCGAGAAGAGGAAACGCGGAUCCGGUCUGGCGGGCAAGUCAGGGUUCUACACGGGCAGCGCCGUAUGACCACCACCACCUCCUCCGACCCCAAGGUAACUGGAAGAGGAAGAAACGCCGCUGUAACCUUGAGACAGAGGAGCCAGCGGCGUAACGUCUGAUCCGUCGGAGGAACGCGCGCCUAGCGCGCGACUAGCAGAAAACUCUGCUUUACCAGCUGCUGGACUACAGAGCUCUACCGGACCGACUACCGGACAACCAGUGACCGGUUGAUAACGGUUACCACGCGAUGGUAACUGGUACCGACCGUGGGUCAAGCGGUUCCCUGCAGGACAACUCUGUGCAGGACGACUGUAGUUUCUAAAGUGAACCGAUUCGUCAGGGGACAUCUUUGCUCGAUGAUUUCUCAGAGGGACUUGUACAUAGGUCAUUGCUGUCGACGUUGAGAAUAAGCUGUUCGUGUAAAGAGCUCGGUCGGGCGGAACCGAUUUUUCAGGUGUUCCGGAACGACGUGUCGCAUAGUUUAAGACUCGGCAUGUUAAUCGAUAAGAUAAGGACGAAAAGGAAUGUUGUGGUAGAGCGCAUAAAAGUUAGCUGUAGCGUUAAGUUAUUAUAGUAUCUUGGAUGGGUUACAUACCGUAGGCUCGAUUUUACCGGAAAGAAUUUGUACCUCCUACGUGUAACACCGUGAUCUACCCUUUGUCUGUGUAAAGAGACCGGCUCGGCAUUUCUUUGCGCGCCGACACGGAAAAAAUGCCGAUCCACCGAUCGAUCCUGUUCGUGGAAACCGUGAUCGUUGGAUCGGCCGGCUACGCCGUAGCCCACGAAACUCGCGCGACUCGCUGUUCAAUUUAUCCUCAAUUAAUCACGUAAUCGCGUCUCAGCUGCAUAACCAAUCGGACGGAUCUAUAAAGUCGAGGUGGAAUAACUAAUUAGUAGUCGAUAUGCUGUAAUGUACUCGGUGGUCGGUAUAAUUGCGAAUGAUCAAUGGGGCGUGAACACGUCUGACCAUUUUCGGGGAAAAGAAGGAAUGCCGCCGCAGAGCGGGAAUUCGAUCGGCCGUUCGACGAAUCGCGUCGGGGAUUUUACCGUAGCAAAACGUAAUCAUCGACGGAUGCACAGAUAAAUAAUAUGCCAGUCAGAAGCGAACGGGAUCAUAGUACAAAGUCAUUUUUAAAAACGUCACCGUCUGAAUCGUCGCGGUUCCACGGGCACGCGCGAUCGAUCAUCAAGUCGUCUCCUAUCGAUCACGAUCAACAGUAGCGGGCAAAAGAUUGAGACGGAACGAUGGCUUGUUAUUGCAUUGUUUGCGAUCGUAUUUCUUUAUUGCUGUUUCGGGCAACUUACAUUUGCACUGCGUCGCCAAUUGUGUAAACCUUUUGAAAGAAUCGGGCGAAUGAUAUAUAAUUAAUUAUACGAUUAAUUGCAAAUAU